CUUAGCUAGUGAACAACACCAUGGUGUCACGACAAUACCAUUGAACAGUAAUACGAUACCAGGCUCGUGUGUCGUCGACGGACCAUGUUCCACUUCACACCACUGCUGGGCGCGCAGUCCGACUCGCCUGCCUCACAGUCGCUGCUCGAACUCGACGGCGGCGUCAAAAUCCUCGUCGACGUGGGCUGGGACGAGACAUUCGACGCCGAACAGCUGCACGCGCUGGAGCGGCAUGUCGCCACCCUCUCCGUCGUCCUAUUGACCCACGCCACCCUCGACCACCUAGGAGCCUACGCCCACUGCUGCAAGCACAUCCCGCACUUCCGCAACGUGCCCGUCUACGCCACCACCCCCGUCGUCAACCUGGGCCGCACUCUCAUCACUGACCUGUACGCCUCCGCGCCGCUCGCCGCCGGUGUCAUCCCCGCCCGUGCCAUCGCCGCCAACACUGCCCUUGCGCCCGACGCGACCCCAAGCCUUCUCUUUCCCGCCCCCAGCGCCGACGAGAUCGCUGCCUAUUUUGGCGCCAUCCACCCUCUACGCUACAGUCAGCCGCAUCAGCCGGUCCCGUCGCCUUUCUCCGCCCCCGUCGGCAACCUCACCAUCACUGCGUACAGCGCUGGACAUACCCCGGGAGGCACGAUAUGGCAUAUUCAGCACAGCUUGGAGAGCAUUGUUUAUGCCGCAGACUGGAAUCAAGGCCGCGAGAACCUGCUGUCAGGCGCGGCAUGGCUGUCUGGGGGUUCCAACAUUACAGAAGGCCUGCAGAGGCCGACAGCGUUGAUAUGCAGCUCCAGGGGAGUGGAGAAGACGGAGACGCUGACGCGGAAGAAGAGGGACGAGGCUCUGAUCAGUUUGAUCAGGGAGACGAUUGCGCAGGGUGGUAAGGUUCUGAUACCCACGGAUUCGUCGGCGAGAGUGCUGGAGCUGGCUUUUAUUCUCAACCACACCUGGCGGGAGAACGUUGAAGGUCCACAUGCCGACACGUACCGUAACGCCAGGAUAUACAUGGCGAGCAAGACAAGCAAGAGCACUGUGCGCCAGCUUUCGAGUAUGCUGGAGUGGAUGGACGAUGCGAUUAUCAGAGAUGCAGAGGCAGCCAUGAGUAAGACACAAGCCGAUGAGGGCAGAGUACCGAACUUGCUAGACUGGCAAUUCAUCCAGCAGAUUGAGAGUAAGAAUAAGCUUGACCAAGCAUUGCGGCGGAGGAGACCAUGUAUCUUGCUUGCUAGCGAUGCAUCGCUCGAGUGGGGCUUUUCACGACAAGCCAUGGAGAAGCUGGCCGAGGAUCCGCGCAAUCUUGUCAUUUUGACUGAGAGUGUGGCACAGACCAACACAUCCCGAUCCAGUCUUGCCCAGCAGUUGACUGAGUUCUGGCGGGCUAGCAGCAAGUCAACCUCGCAGACAGGCGCCAAGGUCGUUGGCACGGACGGCCGAAGCAUACAGCUUCGCCAUGCUACAGCGGAGAGUUUGACCGACGAUGAAGAUGUGAUGUAUCAACAAUACGCAGCACGGCAGAGGCAGCUGCGUAGCAACAUACAGGGAGACAGCACCAGCAACGACACGGCCACUGCUGAACUCGCCGAGGAGCAAGCGGAGGAGUCCUCUGAUGAUGACGACGAGGAUGAGGAUCCUGAGCAUCAAGGACGAGCACUUAAUCUAUCCGCACAAAUGACACAAAGCAACAAGCGAAAAGCUGGUCUGUCAGAUGCCGAGUUGGGCAUCAACAUUCUCAUUCGAAGCAAAAAUGUACACGACUUCGACGUGCGGCAUAGGAAAGGGCGAGAGAAAGUCUUCCCAUUUGUCCAACGCAAGCCGAAGAGUGACGAUUACGGCGACAUCAUCAAGCCCGAGGAGUAUCUCCGGGCAGAGGAGCGGGAUGCAGUCGAUGGUGUGGACAUGCGAGCUGAUGUGAAACAAGAAGCCACUGCGGUUGGGCAGAAGCGAAAAUGGGGUGAUGCUCAUGGUAACACCAAGGGAAAAAAAGACCGCAAGCCACUGCCUGACAAGCGACAGAAGGUGGAGGAGAAGCAUGCGCCAGAUGACAUUGACGCGCUUAUCGCAAAGGCAACAGGGGUCGUCGGAGGUGGCGAUGCUCCCGAAUCUGGGUCCGAAGACGACGAGAGUGAUUAUGAGCCAGAUGAGGGCGAAGACAAACCACCUCGAAAAGCAGUCUUUGUUACGUCGCAGCUGGCGUUGCAGAUACGAAUCGCACAUAUUGAUUUCUCCGGCUUGCACGAGAAACGAGAUCUGCAAAUGCUCAUACCACUCAUCAGGCCUCGUAAGCUCAUCCUCAUAUCUGGGAGCGUGUCUGAAACACAGAUUUUGGCCGAGGAAUGUCGACAACUUCUCUUCAAGGGCGGCGAGCCCAAGUCCGACGUUUUUGCACCUGUCAUCGGUGAAGUAGUGGACGCUAGUGUCGACACGAAUGCUUGGACGAUCAAGCUCAGUCGACAGCUUGUCAAGAAGCUUACGUGGCAGAACGUGCGAGGUCUCGGCGUCGUCGCAGUCACUGCUCGCCUAGACGCGGAACCCCUGGAGGAUGGGAGCAGAGAUGCAGAAGACGAGAAUGUCAAGAAGAAGCUCAAAAUGAUCAAGGGCGACGCCGAAGGUGGUGACGAGGAUAGCAAAGCUGGGCGAACUGGAAUUCCAGCUGUGCCCGUGCUCGAUCUGGUGCAAAGCAUUUCCACGACAUCGCAUCAGCGAGCCACGCAGCCCGUCCACGUGGGCGAUCUGAAGCUGGCCGAUAUGCGAAAGAUGAUGAUUGAUUCCGGUCACUCCGCCGACUUCCGAGGAGAGGGAACGCUGCUGAUUGAUCACACAGUCAUGGUUAGGAAAAGCCCGUCGGGCAGGAUUGAAGUCGAAGCUGGGCCUGCUGGACUCCGGCAGCCACAGUUCAGGACGAGAGAUUACGAAGGCAGCUUCUAUGCAGUAAGAAAACUCAUCUACGGAGGCCUAGCGGUGGUGGCCGGUGUAUAGUAUAUCACUCGCAGAACCAUAGGGUCGGUUGUGAUCCCAUGGCAAACCAUGGACCCAGCAUUAGUGUUACCCUUUUC